AUGAGCCAGUUCCAAUUAUUUCCGCCUCCCACGCCAGAGGUGAAGCUGAACAAGAACCCGUUUCGCAGACCAAAUCUGAACAAAACGGCGGGAGCGCCGCUAAAAAUAAUCGAGGAUACUCAGGGCUCGAAGACAACUACGAACGUCGGGCGAUCUACGCCGGAGCCAUCGCAUGGGUCUGUAUCUCCUCAAACACCGAAAAGCCAAGGUCGCCGAGCAAAUACACAGCGGCAGCAUGAUAGCCCUAGUACCGUCAGCAGCAGCACCAGGACCACCGCUACGCCGGCUACCUCACCACAGUCCUCGCAGUCCUCGAUGUCGCCGGUCCCAAUACGAUCCAUGUUCCCACAGUUCGAUCCCCAGCUGGCCAAGACUCGGCCCUCAAGGGCUACGCACAAGCCAGAAAAGCUCACUCUCAAUACGACUUCCGAUAUCGAUCAAUUCCUAGGACCGAAGACCGUACCGGCGAGCCUGCUCAACUUUCCAACCGAUGCGCUGGACCCAGAAGAGAUUCGAUAUUCGUCUACCUCGGAACUGGGGAUAUUGUGGGAGACUGCCAAUGGGCAACGGCCACCGGAGCUCUGUGGGACAUUCAGUUUGCGCAUGACGAAAACCGACCCGGCAACAUUUACUUUUGGGCAUUCACAACAGCCAUUCUAUACUCUUCAAACAUACUCAACAAACGAAAUCGCGCUGUCACGGGGAGACCCAUCAAAACCGAACAGCAAUGUCCCAAUCAUGAUGCUAAACCUGGAAGAGCGCAGCCGGCGCGACCAUCCACACGACGGACUCGUCGCCCUCCUCUUCUCCAGACUAGCAGCCAUGCUCGCCAUCGAACAAGCCGAAGAAAUCUGCAAAGAGCACCACCUCUCACCCACUGAGGCAGCGGAGGUAGAAGCCAAUGCGCUCAAGCGCGCCGCCGCCCAAGAAUCAUGCCGACUAUCCUGGAACCGGCACAGCCGGCUGUACGAGCUUCGGCACCCCUCGCUCUCAAAGCGGAACCCGCCCGCCCUCGUCGGCGCAGCGGGGAUCCCACUGUCGCCCGUCCGAUCUCAGUCCUCGGGGCUGCUUCAUAUCGCCGUCUCUGCACCGUCCAGCGAUGCUGAGCCUCAUCAGCCACCCACUAUCAUCGUCACGGGGCCAGUUUCGUCAACGGCCAUGGAAGCAGCGCAGCAAGCUGCCGAUCCGCGCACGUCAACACUACCAGUCACAGACUCGGAUGAGCCGCUUGCGGCACUGGAUUUCGGCACCAAGACUCUCUCCAUCUGUCCCGCGGCUGUCAUUGCCACGAUCCCGUCGUUGUACGCGAUCGACUCACUCAUCGCGGCGAUGAUGGCCGUUGCCGUCUCCGACGAAGCGACGAACCCUAUUUUGGCGGAUAUGUCCAUCGGCUCGCCGUCCUUGCACCCGCGUUCCUCUCAACAUGACUCCGCUACGCGCACAAUGCCGUUCCGAGGCAAACUGGUUACUACCAUCGCGGAGCGCGAAGACGCAGAAGAGAGUCUGCAGCUUGCAGAGCGGAUCGAGUCCGCGCAGACAAUGAGAGAUCCCAAGAAACGGGGGCUCUUUAGGUUCUGGGGUCGUUCGUGGUCUACGACACAGAAAAAGAAGAAGAAUCAGCCGGUUGUGGAGGAAUUCGAUCUGGAGAAGUAUGGCCGUUAUGCCCCUGGCUCGGCGCGCGAGGGAGAGAAGUUACCGGGUGUCACUCGCAGCGGGCUGCGGGUAUUGUUCUGGGGUUUGGAGCUAGUGGUCAAGGCGUUAACAAUGGUGGUGAAGAUCUUGGCGUGGUUGCUGGUGAAUUCGACGCGGUGCGUCACGAGUGAGAAGUUCUGA